UCAGGGCGCCAUUUUGCUGAGUUUUCUCUGCGGGAUCGACCAGGGCGAAAACUACUGUGGAGAGAGAUAGAGGGACAGAGCGAGAGAUGUCCUCCUUCUCCGAGUCCGCGCUUGAGAAGAAGCUCGCUGAAUUGAGUAACUCACAGCAGAGUGUGCAAACCCUCUCCUUGUGGCUCAUCCAUCAUCGGAAACACGCAGGCAUCAUUGUGCACGUCUGGCACCGGGAGCUGAAGAGAGCAACUGUUUUUUAUAUAACAUAUCUAGCUAAACCAAGCAGGAAACUGACCUUCAUCUAUUUGGCUAAUGAUGUCAUUCAGAACAGUAAGCGAAAAGGUCCUGAAUUCACCAAAGCCUUUGAGGGGGUUCUUGUGGAUGCAUUUUCACAUGUUGCCAGAGAAUCUGAGCAGAGUUGUAAGAAGCAAAUGGAACGAGUCCUGAAUAUCUGGCAGGAAAGGAUCGUCUAUGAUGUUGAUUUUAUUCAACAACUUAAGUUAACUGUGGAUGAAUCUAACAGCCCGCUUCCAGUAGAGAGUACUGGUUCUAAAGUCGUAUAUGAUCAACCACCAUCUUGCCCGUCAUCCAGUGAAAGGCAAUCUCGGUCUAACAGAAUUCGUAAUGCUGAGGUUGUUAAAGGUCAUGAAUCAGCAACAUCUGACUCUUCAUCCAGCAUCUCAUCUGAGACCAGAUAUAUAGGUGAAGAGAAGCGAGCACCAAAACGUAGCUAUCCUGUUGUUGAAGAUGAAGAAGAUGAUGAUUACAGAGUCAACUACUCUCCUAUAGACACUGGCACAGGUCCACUGUUGACUGAAAAUUUGAUUAAAGCUCUGCAAGACCUGGAAAAUGCAGCAUCAGGGGAUGCAACUGUUCGACAGAAGAUUGCGUCAUUGCCUCAAGAAGUGCAAGAUGUUUCACUCUUGGAAAAUAUAGCAGAUAAAGCAGCUGCUGAAAGGCUAUCGAAAAUCGUUGAUGAGGCUUGUUUGCUGUUAGCAGAGUACAAUGGGCGGCUUGCAGCAGAGCUCGAUGACCGGAGGCAGCUGGCACGAAUGCUGACUGAAUACAUCAGUAGUCAGAAGGAGAUUCUGGGGGAGAAGGAGAAAAAACUAGCGGAAUAUAAACAGAAACUGGCUCAAGUAACACAAGUUCGGAAAGAGCUGAAAUCACACAUCCAGAAUUUGCCAGACCUUUCAUUGCUUCCGAAUGUUACAGGUGGUUUAGCACCAUUGCCCUCUGCUGGUGACCUUUUUUCUAGUGACUGAGCUGAUACCCUUUUCUCAGGAGUCAAACCGCAAUACCUCCGCUAUGUGUGACAACUUCUUGAAGGCAUGGAUCUGGAAUAUGAUGGGGCCUAAAAACAGCAGGGCUAAACCUUUGAGACAUCUAUGUGCAAAUUGCAUCAGAGCUGUGGUAACCCUAACAUGAUGGUUUACGGCAGUUUGAAACAUGGGAGAAAAAUAAACACUAUUCAAAGCCACUGCUAUUAACCUGUAAAUUCCAAAUACACAUCAAUCCUAGGCCAGGAGCGAUGGAAGCUUUCUUCUCUAAUCAGGAUGUCAAGUGACAUCUGUUGUGACAGUGAGCACCAGAUGAGCAAUAUAAGUGUGCAUGAGUCCACAGUACGGAACAUCCCUGAAUUGAAUGUAGUUGAGUGAAUUGAAGGACAAUGCUGGUAGAGUUUACCUGAAGUAGGAACUGUGACAAAUUGUUGGUGCUGUAACAGGAGUGUAGUCUUGCUUGGAGCAUAUAAACUGUCACCAGGUUAGGAGUUCUUACUGCAUCUGAAUUUGACAAGUUAAUGUCCAGUUUCCCAAACUGACCACUCAUUUUGUCCUUUUAAGCACAACUAUUUUAACUUUUUUUUUAUGUUCCUCCAAAAGUAAGGGAACUACAACUUUAGAAAUGAUUGAUAGUUAUAUAACCUGAAAUAAUUAGUUCAAGUAUUCAGUGAUGGUGCCCAUGAUAAGGAGAGUCUUUCCUACUGUAGAAAUUUAUAAUAAAUCUGCAGCCAGUCAUAUUCUUAUAAAAAGCUAGUCCUGCAAGUUUCCAUUGAGAACAUAGAACCUUUCAUAUUUGAUUUAAAAAUUGACAUUUCCAAACAAUGAAGGCACGUGCUUAAUUGAAGUUUGGCUCAUGGUACAUCGUUAGGUUGUGUACCAUAGUUUCCCAAUUAGUGCCUAUAAUAAGUUCAACAAUACUGUUUUGUCUUCUGGAGAAGAAUAUGGUACACUUUUGGUAAUGUUUUGAGCUUCAAGUAACUUGUUUAGGUCUGUAGCUGCUGAAUUUGGUUUUGUACUGUGGGCUCAUAAUUUCAACUGUCUGUCCUCUCACUGCAGACUACAUUAACUAAUGAAAGAUUUGUUUUGCAGUGCUGGUGUGUUAAGUUGUUUCAGCUGUUUGAUGACACAGAGCACAGUUAAUGAUCCCAUUAAAUUGUUUCUGUUUUAACUAAAAAAAGCAUUCUUUUAAGCCAACUCAAAUAUUUUCAGUCACAUAGCGACAAACCAAAACGUAGUUUUAUCUUAUGCAGAAGGUACUUCAAUUUCAAUCAAAAAAUAAUUCCUCAGUUCAAGUUGACUAUGUUUAAAGUUUUAAAUUUGUUAUUUUAACAGCUGUGUGACUGUUUCUGAACUCUAAGCCCUUUAAUAUGAAAAAAUAUUGCGAUCACUGGCAGUUUGUUUUCCCCUAACUACUUUUCAUGAACAAUAUGCUUAAAAGCAAACUCCGUACUUGUAGAAAAAUUUUGUUUAAAAGGAUCAACUGGAAUGGGAAAGCCCUUUUGGGUCCUUGAAAAAGUGUAAACUAUUAUGUGAAUUCAACUCGUUAAAUGCUUAUUUAGUGCUUUUAUUUGUUUUCAAUGGAUUAAGUUCUAAAAGGUAGCUAGGAAAAGAUUUUUUUAAGUAAGCAAAAAGUAAUUCAGCCACCCUGACCAAAUACUAUUAAAUUGCCUUGGUCUUUUCAGUAUAAAUUUCUCUUCCUUUUUUUUAUUGUUUGACUUUUGUUUAUUUGUAUGAACAAAUUAAAUUGUACACGGUAUGUUAUGCACUUGUACAUCUUGAGAGGAAAUGUAACCACAUUUUUGGUAUUAGUACAACUGCGAAGAAAGAAAAUGUCCAACCAUCUGCUGACAGAGAUUUUGAGUAGUUGCAUCCGGGUAGCUGUGACAUGAGAGUGCCAACCUCUGUCUUGUGACAGCUGAGCCCCAAAUUCCAGUCUUGAUUGAAAUUUGUUCUUGGAAUGGCGAGUUUCAUUUUUUGUUACAUUUAUGUGGGGUGGGGAGGAGAAAUUAUCUGAAAGGAACUUCCUCCUGUGCUGCUUGAGCAUCACUAAUGGCAGAUCAACCAGAUAAAUCUAGUGGAAAUGCCUAAUACUGGGAAUUUCUAACUAUAUGCAGUGAUGAGAAAUGCAAACCCUGGGUUCAUCUGCAGUGAUUUGAGAAAGAUAAAGAAUGCUUUCUAAAAUUCUGAAUCAGUUUUUGCUUUAUUUACUAUGUGUCUGUGGCACACAAUUGGGAAAUGCAGUUUAUCUUAGCAUGGUAUCUACAUUGUGCCUUAACUUUUUAAAAAAGAAGUAUGGUUGAACCUCUUGGGUUUGACAGUGCAACGUAAGUUUAAGAUUCUCUAAAUUUAUCGUUAUUUAUCCUAUUGACUGAAAAUUAAGAAUAGCUUUCUGGAAUGACAUUCCCACCAUUGUAGUCUAUAUAACGUUUAACAUUUUAAAGCAUAUUCUUUAACGAUCAUUCCUUCCUAUAAGCAAUCAAAUUAUUACCAUUCAUAAUUUGUUGCAGGAACUUGUAUUUCUCCUAAUGUCAGCAUCACAACCACGCCUACUUCAAUUUGGCAGUCAUUCUGUCCAAAUAAUUGCUUGGUAGUGUUGAUGGAAAAAAUCUAUUUUUUGCUCACUGGAAAACCAGCCUGCAUAUAAGUUGGAAGUUCUGACAAAGGUAGUAUUUGUAUAAUGUGUUCUCGCCAAGCUGCGCCACUACUGUAUUUUCAAUGUUGCCAAAUAUAGCAAUUUUGUUAGGGGCUGGGCAUCAAUUAUCGAUAAAUUAACAGAAUUUGUUUGAUUUCCUUUUAACUGCGCAAUGUUCUCAGGGUAAUUGCAAAGUGAGGCAUUUCUUGUCUCCCAAAGCAAGUGCACUUUGUGCAGUUUGCUGACAUCUGAAGCUUUCAUGGUCACCCAAAAACAGUCACUGAUACAGGUCAUUCAAGUCAUAGUACUUAGUGUGGAAUCCCUCUUUAAGGUUAGAUUAUGAGAGUGAAAUUCAGUUUUGGCUUGUAAUGUAGCACCCUUCAGAAUAUGCCUUAAGUCAGUUUCAUGCAUAAUUUUCAAAUGUGUCUCAAACAGGAGCAUUUUAGGAAAGAUUACUUUUUUGUGUGCAAAAUUUCUCCACCUGCAAAUAUGUAGAAACCUUUGAAUGUAUUUGUAAGAAGUUUAAUAAAAAAUAGUAAUAUUGAAUAGAAAUCAAAUUAGUAGGUGAAUGUGUAAUGGGUUAGUGUUUAAUUAUAAAAUAAAAAAUGAGUUAGACAUAUCAACUAUAUUCUGCUACACCCUUAUUUAAUGUUUACUUGUUUUCAGCCAAUUGAGUUAUGCAUAUAAUGUAUUCUUGAGAAAAAUACAUGUGAAAUGUCCAAUUCAAGAGAUUACAAAGGCUAAAGGGGUGGGUGGAGGCAACUCAAUUUAUCAAACGCAGUGCACUUUUUGGUUUUUGGAAGAGAAUGAACACAGAGCCAAUUCAGUUGAUUAAGUUCAGAUAUUGUAAGUCUUUAAUCAACAGACCUGAAAGUUCCAACUGAUUUUGAUUAUUUUGGAGUUCAUUGUGAUGAGGAUUUACUCUGAAUAAAACCACGGAGUUUGAAAAUCUUUAAUUAGGAGUUUGUGAGAAAGUAGCAUACUUGUCACUCCUAAUUCUUGCUCAGGUUUUCUGCAACAAAUAAUUGCAGUCCGUCAUCUAAGUAAAAUGCAGCACAGUCCUUGAUUGCAGGGAUGCCCCUUUUCUCCCUCAGAGACCAUCUCCACACUCACCAGAUUCACAAGUGUAUGGCUUGAACAGAAUGAAAUAAGUUUUUUCUGAUAAUUCAUAAUUGCUUUAUUGAAUUACCCACAGCCCUCAGAGAUGGCCUGCAUUCAGCAAUCACGAAAUGCAGUUACAAUUGCAUUACCCGGAACCCUGUCCCAUCAGAGGCUAAACCCCCACUAUGUUCCUAACUUAGUACUUAAUUCUUUAUAUCCUAACUUAAUACUUAAAAUCACCCCUCGGUUGGUCUUCCAAAUUGUUAUAGGUCCUCAGAGAAGUUGACCAGACUCUAUUGAUUUCCUUGACUGCCUGCAGAAAACUGUGGCGUCCUACAGUUUCUAUCCCCAAUUAUACCUUUUCAGCUGCUGGUCUGGCCAACUCAUUUCAAUGUCCAGUAAUUAGCACUUUUAGUUUAUUCUACACAUAGCCCAGACAAAUAAUAUCAGCUUAUGCUGGUUGAAACAAUGCAGUCCUUCCAUGGAAAAUAUAUCCCAGACAAAAAUGAUCAGCUCUCUCAUUGUUUUAAACAAUUCUGCUAUUUUGAGGCAAUACAGUAACAACACCUGGCUCCAAGGUCGAUGAAGGUUUGAAUGAUCCUAUUCCUCUCCCUGAGAGGAACCAAUCAUAGUUGCAAUGCCAGAUUCCAGCACCAUUGUUUGUGAAGAAGGCCUUAGUUGCAUUGCAAUUUAUCAAUGGCAUGUAAUGGCAUCUCCCUGGUACCAUUGUCCAUGAUGAGCCCCUGUCUUUUACUAAAUAUCCGAAUUAACCCCUUGCUGCACAGCUCUGUACUGUUGGCUGCAGUAUUGUGUGGUACAAAUUGGGUUUUACACUCCAUAACUUUCUCAGUUGCAGGGAAUUCCGAUCUCGUGUGGUCAAUCCUUUUUGACAAUGGUUUGAUAACUUAGCCUUUUUCUCAAAACAAGGUUUUCAUUUUUGCUUUCUAUUUGAGAUCUGUGGUAAUUUCCCUACUCUGAAUAGGAUACAGAGCACUCAUACGCUGUUAUUAAGUUUAUAAAGUGGUCUAUGAUAUUUUAAUCUGCUAGAGGUAAAAUGUUAAAUCUACAAUAGCAUUGUCAGAAACAUUAAAAAUGAACGACCUAUUUUGGUUAUAAAUGUAUGCUCUGCAACUGAGGUCAGAGGUUCUCAUAGGUCAUAAGACUAUGUACUAGUAUUUUAACACUAUAAAACAGCCAAGUGCCAAAGAAUUUUGCCUUUAAUUAUGAGCAAAAUAUUCCUGUUAUAAGUGUUACAAACAUCAAAUCCUGGCUGCAUAUGUAGCAACAUUUAAAUUAAAAUCAAGUCAGUGGGCAUAUUUUGAUCAUCAUUUUGCCAUUAUUGUUGUUGAAAUGUUAUUGAAAAGAAAUAGAUCUACCAAAUCUUACAAGCAAACCAGUGACUGUAUGUUUUUAUAUUAUUUUGUAUCAAUCUCUUGUGCAUGCACAUUGUAUUUUUCUUGAUUUAGUACAACAGAUUACCAACAAUAGCUGAAUUAUAAAUCAAGUAUCGUGAUUUAAAAAUUGACAUUCUUAACCUUUUUUUAAACAGACCCCACAUUUUUGUGAAACAUGGGAAGUUUACUUCUCCCCUUUUGAAGCAGUUUUCUGGUCAUUGAGAACUUGAACAUGACUAAUAAUAUCUACCCAGUUUAGCAAAAUAUUAAUGUCUAUGAUAGUCAAGUGUUAAAAAAGCUGCAAUUAAUUCAUACUUGUCACCAGCAAACAUCGUAAAUAAAACUUGCUAGUAAGUUGGUUUCUAGCAACAUUAACAUCCUUUUCCUAUCAGCAAUUCUGUUUGUAAUUAUAAAAAUAAAAUAUUUUGUUAA